AUGGAAGUUGGAGCCCCUGUAUCCGAAGAUUUGACCACUUUCUUGCAAAGAAUGACAUUAAUUGUCAUCAAACCAAUCCCUGUGGAACUGUUAGCACAACUCUACUGUGUACAAGAGAUUGGUUUGGAGAAAUCGGUGAUAACCUCUAUUAAACGUGCAUCUAAAUUCGCUGCCGGAGCACUCGGAGAGCAUGUGGAGAGAGCGGUGAAACGAGAAGUCCAUGUGCUCGCUCGAAAUGCUGAACUCCGCAAGAAUGGUCUCUGUUCCAAACAGAGAGUCGCCAAAGCAGUCGCACAUGCUAUCGCAAAACGACACAGAGAUAAGGAAGCCAAGACGGAAAAAAAAGCUAAACGAGAAAUUGAGGAGAAGAAGCGAAUGUGUGCAGGAAUUGCUGAAAUGGUUGAUAAAUUGGUGGACUUCCGAGCGAAUGAAAUCAAAUUUGGACAAGUAAAUGGAAUUUUGAGUAUUGUUCAAGACCGAAAUCUCCUUCCAUUGCUUCUCAUGACAACAAUGAAGAGUUCCACGUUGGUUCAAACUCUCAAAAAGUUGAUGAGAAGACUAUUGCUGAAGCUGAAAAUCCGUAAACAAAUAUGA